AUGUUCGCUCUAAUCAAUACAGCCGACCAAUCGAUACACGCAAAUGCCCAGAUGUAUCUAUCAGGGACAAAUGAGUACAUGGGAGAAGUUAAUUUUUAUAUGGAAGAGCAACCUUUUGGUGUUGUUAUUUCCGGCUCCGUCAAUCGUUUAAGACCUUCGUCGGUUUUAGGGUUUCAUAUACAUUCCAAACCUAUUGACGAUAGUCAUAAUUGUACAGCUGGUGGUGCACAUUUUAAUCCAUACAAUGUAUCGCAUGGAAUGCCUAGAGAUCCAAUCACACAGCGACAUAUCGGUGAUCUGGGUAAUAUUCAAACAGAUGAGACUGGUCGAGCUUAUGUUGGAUUAGUUGACCAUUAUAUGUCUCUCGGUACUUAUAACAACUUAACAAAUGUUCUUGGUUUACCCUUAAUGAUACAUAAUUUAACUGACGAUGGUGGCCAUACAGGCAAAGGUCAAAGUAAUACAACAGGAAACGCUGGUACAUCUAUUGCUUGUGGAACAAUACGUCUCGGCUAA